CCAAAACCACCGCACUCGUAUCUUACUAUUCGACCCUGUAAUUCCAUCAGAGAGACGUCCAAGGUAGAUCAAGCUGUGUUGUAUCUCUGCCAUCUCUUAUUCUCCCGUGUUUCCUAUCAUAUCAGCCCAACACCAUGAGAACUGUUAUUCAACGGGUCAAGUCAGCUUCGGUCACUGUAGAUGGCCAACUCAUCUCAACUAUUGGCAAGGGCUUGCUUGUACUAGCUGCCAUUGGCAAGGAGGACACCCAGAAGGAGGUCGAGUCCAUGGCCAACAAGAUUCUAAAGGCCAAAUUAUGGGACAACGACGAAGGUGGUAAAUGGAAAUGGGGUGUCAAAGAUAUCGAAGGCGAGGUCCUCUGCGUAUCUCAAUUCACUCUCCUUGCCUCUGUCAAGAAGGGUAACAAACCCGACUUUCACAAAUCCGCCAACGCAGAAAAGGCAAAGGAGCUUUACGACCAAUUUUUCAAGAAAGUUCAAUCCCUAUACCAGGAGGAGAGAGUCAAGGAUGGUGUCUUCCAAGCAAUGAUGGAUGUAGCUCUUGUCAACGAUGGACCGGUUACCAUCCAAAUAGACACAGAUCCUCCCAAGAUGGACAACCCUACAGGGUUCGAUCUCCCUGGUGAUCCUUUCACCCACAAAGGCAAGAUGCAAACGACGUUCGAGCUUCCAGCUUCGCUUCUGGAAUAGUUAGCACAGUUCGUGCUCUGCGUCCCUUUAUGAUGCUUUUGAACUUAAUCUUGUCGGGCGGUGUUUUUUCCUUUCCCAUGAUACCAUUUAACAUACAGGAUAGCGAGCCUUUGUGUAAUAUCAACCCAGUCGAAUAGGUUUACAUAUCACUUUGAAUGAUAGUGUGCAGUCGGGUUCGAUACAAGUCCCAGAUAGGCAAUUUGGCUGGUGAUCCAGGGCGUGGGGUAUCACUUGGCGGCGCAUGCGAAUAGAAGGUCCU